ACAAUGGGGUUUGAGUGUAAGUGACAAAAAGAGAGAUGCUGUGUAAAGAGAUUAAAGACUUUAACCUCGGGAGGAAACAGGAAGUGAUCAGAACUGAAAUAUAAGAUGAUAUAUAAUGAUACUACUACUACUACUACUACUACUGUUACUACUGCUGCUCCUACUGUACUACUGCUUCUACAAGUACUGCUCUCAUCACUGGCACUGUUACUACAACUACUGCUGCUCCUGUAGGUACUACUAUUACUGCUACUACUAAACUACUAUUGAGACUACUGCUAUUACUUCUAUUGCUACGACAUAUAUAUACUUUACUACUGCUAAACUGCUACUGCUGGCCAUGAGACUACUACUACUACCUCUACUACUACUACAGCUACUGCAAAUACUGUUGGUACUUCUAAUGCUACUACAACUGCUGCUGAAUCUACUACCACUGUAGUCACCACUAAUCCUUCUACUACCACAACUACUGCAACACCUGCUUCUGUGUUACUACUACUACUACUACAAGUACUACUGCUGCUGCCACUGAAACUACUGUUGCUACUACUACGACAAUACUGACCCUUCUCCUUCCACUGCUACUAAAACUCUUGUUAUUCAUGCCACUACUACGACUUCUACUACUGCUACACUCCCGCUGCUGAGCCCACAGGUUGAAGUUACUACUGCAGUUACUUAAGACAAGUACUGCUACUAGUAUUUCUACACCUAACUUCAGUAACUCAUGUUAUCGCUGCAUCUUCAGCUUCUUCCAGCUGUAAACAGAGAGACUGGGUGAGAAGGUAAAUGAGGAGGAGGAGGGAGGAGGACCGGGGUCAUUAGCUGUCUAAACAUUUGGUGUUAGCUCUCAUUGACUUUUGUCCACCUGUUAAUCCUGAGGGCAUCUCCAGCUCAUUGACACCGCAGUGCCACUUCUACCAGGAAACACACACGCACAGACACACCGACACAUUUGUGCGCUCAAAGUCCAGAUAACAACACAAAGGAGGUAAAUGUGAUGAACGGGACACGCUCGUGUUCAUGUGUGUCUUCUGAGAGCUGUUCCAUGCCUGUUCAGGAAGCCCAUCUCUCACAGCAGCUGAGAUAAAGAUGGAAUUUACCUUCGAGAACAGACACAGACGGAGAGAGUCAGAAAAAAGAGGUGGAUAGAGGUACACAGGACAAAAAGAACGAUCAAUAUUCAGUCAUUUCAGAAGCUCCUGAGGUUUACUGUGAUUGCUGUUGACAAAAAAUGUCUGAAUUUAAUGCAGUUUUCUCAAAAAUCUGUGCAAAAAAUUGCACCUGUUUUGGUUUUAUUUAAAGACACAGCACAGAGUUGUGGCAAAAAAACACAAGUCAGCUGUGAAAACUAAUAAUAAAUAUCAUGAUACAUAAGAAGUAAAGGUGAUCUCUGUUUUUGGACACUUUUAUUGAACCAGAAAGUUCAGUGUAAAGAUACUUUUCACCCUGAAUUUAGUCUAUAAGGCAAUCACACUGCUUUCUAAAAUGCAGUGGAUCGUUAAAUUGUAUGGAAAACUGCAAUGAACAGUAAAACUGGCAUUUAUUUACCCAGCUUGAACAUUUUUUGAAAGAUCCAACAGAUGUUGGUUGAAUUAACGUAACGUGUUGUGUUUACACGACUGUGACUUCCUGGAGAAAGUGACUGUUUCUCGUCUGCGUUUCUCGACACACAGGAAAGAAGAGGAGGAAUAAUAGGUGGAUGGAGGAGGAAAGGAAGAGAAGAGUGAAAAGCAAACCAAAGAAGAAAUCCACCACAGACAAAGACGAGAGCAGACGAUGAAGGAUUUGACUCAAACACAACCUCCUCUCUCUUUUUCAGUGGACGAUAUGCAGCGUUAGCUAACAUCCCAGAUUUAUCUGAGCAAUCUGAGGAUGUUAUGGCUGGUUACAACCUCUCUCUCUCUCUCUCUCCUCUCCUCUCUCUCUCUCUCUCUCUCUCUCUCUCUCUCACACACACACACACACACACACACACGACGCAGACAGAUUUCCCACCACAAACUCCACCUGGGAUGUGGGUCACAUGAAAGGUUAGGGAACCCAUGAACCUAUGUGGGUGGCUGUGCAAUCAAGUGUGUGUACGUGUCUGUUUACCUGUGUGUGUGUGUGUGUGUGUGUGUGUGUGUGUCCAAAUGCACAGGAAAGCAUGCAUCAAAUUAAGUGUGUGUUUGUGGUUGUGCGGCAUUACAGGUUCAAAGGAAAACCUCCAGGUAUACAUUACCGCUGAACUCCCUCACCUGGCUGAAUGGAGAUUCAUAUCUGGACUUGCUCGGGUCUGGAUGAGUCUCCUUUCCUGGACCUGAUCAGAGUGAAGAGGUUCUGGUCUAAAACCUGCUGCUGUAGCCAAAGGUAAACGGUGCGGAGGCAUGAAUGACAUGUGUUGGCCCCUCCUCUCCCUCUGCUGUGGUGCGCUGCUGAGUUGAAGCGCAACAGCCCGGAGAGCGCAGCAGCGACUUCACCGCUGCAACUUUGAUGACGGGGUAUUUGGAGUCGAUGAGCGCGUUUGAAGUGCUUUGCUGGUGAAGACAAGGGGGAUCGAGUCUCGACCUGCGGUUCCCUCCCUGCCAGUCGGAUCAAAAAUGAAAUUCCUGAUUUGUGUGGUAGCGGUCGCCUUGGCCGUGAGAUCUGCGCACGGAGGUACCAAGUUUGACGAGCCGUGUGCAGGCCAGGACUGUAGCGGAGGAUGUAAGUGCAACCCAGAGAAAGGCAGCAGGGGUCGUCCUGGGCUUCUCGGAGAAGUCGGCCCAAGUGGACCAGAGGGGCCACGUGGCGGCCUGGGGCCUUCAGGACCUAAAGGAGAGAAGGGCCACAUUGGAGUGAAAGGACCAUCUGGCCCCAAAGGAGACAAAGGGCCUAUGGGAGUGCCGGGGUUCCAGGGAACCGAUGGAGUACCUGGUCACCCUGGUCAGGAGGGUGGCAGAGGACCACCAGGACUGGACGGCUGUAACGGGACCAGAGGAGACCCUGGACCACCUGGCUAUGGGACAGGAGCACCUGGAUUCCCUGGAUCCCCUGGGCCAACUGGGCCAAAGGGUCAAAAAGGAGAGCCCCGAUACAUUUCAGAUAAUGGCAUCACGAGUUAUCCAGGUGUACCAGGACCGGAUGGUCAACCUGGUAUCAGAGGACCUGAUGGUCCAUCUGGUUUGCCUGGUCCAGCAGGGCCUGAAGGAUUCCCCGGCCCACCCGGUCCUCCCGGUCCACCAGGGCUGAUGGGGAGCCGUAGUGACGGAUAUCAAGGAGAGAAAGGAGACAAGGGCGACGUGGGCUUGCCCGGUGACCCCGGCCAGCCAAUGAUCAAUGGCGUUGUGGAGUUUGUGGGUUUUCCCAAAGGAGACAAAGGAAUGCAGGGAGAACCUGGCCCAAAGGGAGUCAGAGGAUUCCCCGGCAAUCCCGGACCACCUGGACCUUUCGGCUAUCGUGGUGAAUAUGGAGAAAAGGGCAUUCCUGGAUACCCCGGAGCAAGAGGUCCUCCAGGUUUUAACGGCCCCCCUGGCAAUCCAGGACAACAGGGAUUCAGAGGUAAUCCAGGUUUCCCCGGGCAACCAGGAUACAUAGGACCCAAGGGAGACCAGGGAGAACCUGGACUACCAGGACCUCCUGCUUACACCAGUGGCAACGGCCCCACUGUUCAAGGAGUAACAGGUGAUCCAGGUCAGAGUGGCCUGCCUGGUGCUCCAGGAGACCAGGGACCUCCAGGGUUCCCAGGAACACCAGGCCCACCAGGAUCAGUGUUGGAUCCCAUCUUUGGAGGUCGCCCAGGCACCCCAGGUUUUCCCGGCACCCCAGGCCCAAAGGGAGAGAAGGGUAACCCGGGAGCGCCAAGCUACGGCAUCGAAGGAAUCCCAGGAUCCCCUGGACUCCCCGGACCCAUUGGCCCCCCUGGACCUCCAGGCCCUUCUAGCUUGGCCGUUGAUCCCUGCGUCAUCUACCCUGUCAGUCCCAAAGGUUCUCCCACUGAUCAAACCACCAGCUACCCCGGAGAGCCGGGGCAGCCCGGUCCCAGAGGAGCACCGGGUAACACAGGAUACAAAGGCAUCAGAGGUGAUCCUGGUGACUGUGCCUGCCUGGGAGGAGGCACCCCAGGGUUGCCUGGGCUACCCGGAUCCCCCGGAGCCACCGGCAGCUCCGGCUUCCCUGGACGAAAGGGUGAACAAGGUGAUCCCGGUUCACCUGGCUUUAAUGGAAUUCAGGGACCUCCUGGUCGUCCUGGUGAAACAGGUUUUUAUGGUCGCAAGGGAGAGAAGGGGGCAUCUUAUUACCCCAACCUGGGUUUGGGGGUGAAAGGUGAGCUCGGAGCUCCCGGGCCCAGAGGACCUACAGGUGAAACUGGAAAACCUGGCAGAGAUGGACUGCCUGGCUUCCCUGGAACCCCUGGUCCCCCAGGUGACGCUGGCUUCGGCACAGUUGGAGAGAAAGGUUUCCCAGGGUAUCCAGGGGGUAAGGGUCGUCCCGGCGGCCCUGGCGAGCCCGGCAUCGGGUAUGUUGGAACCCCUGGCUUUCGCGGACUGCCCGGAGAGCCUGGUAUACCUGGGUUGCCAGGGCAACCAGGUUUACCCGGACCGAGAGGCCAAGUGCUACCUUGCACCAUACCUGGUGAGGCUGGAGACCCCGGUUACCCCGGUGUACCUGGACGACCAGGCCUUAAAGGUGAGCCAGGUUUUCCAGGAAGCCCUGGACGUCCAGGGUUGGAUGGCUCAAAAGGAGAAAGAGGAGACCCUGGUUUUGGAGGUCAACCUGGACCACAAGGUUUCCCCGGUCCCAGAGGAGAGCCUGGAGUUCCAGGUAUCCCAGGACAGAGUUUUGAUGGAGCCAGGGGGAAGGAUGGUGUUCCAGGGCUUCCUGGAGCCAAAGGCCAGCCUGGAGAGGUACUGGGAGCCACACCUGGUGCUCCAGGACGGAACGGUUUACCGGGACUUCCUGGAGACAAGGGUCAGCCUGGGACACCAGGAGGACCUGGAUUGCCUGGUACUGAUGGACGUUCCGGCGCUCCUGGACUAAAGGGAGAGCGCGGAGUUGACGGUCUUCCUGGUUUCCCUGGCCCUCCUGGACCUCCAGGUGAGCCGACCGGUGGCAUUCCCGGUCGGCCUGGACCUCCCGGCAACAAGGGACUGAGUGGAUCACCAGGUUUCCCCGGUCGUAAGGGAGACAGAGGAGACCCAGGAUUCCCUGGGCCUGCUGGCAUGAAGGGAACCCCAGGACUGCCCGGCACCCCAGGAUUACCAGGGCCAAGGGGGCCUCCCGGACCUCCAGGACCGGGAACUAGAGAGGGAAUCCCAGGAAUACCAGGAACGAAGGGUGAGAGAGGUUUCCCGGGGCUGAUGGGUUUCCCUGGACAACCAGGGCGUCCUGGUGCUCCAGGAUUCCCUGGAGGAAAAGGACUGCCUGGUGGGCCUGGAAGAGACGGACGUCCUGGUGGGCCCGGAUACCCCGGACAGAAAGGUGAGAGAGGAUACCCUGGUCUUCCCGGCUUGCCCGCUACCCCUGGUCCACAACAAUUUGUGGAGAAAGGAGACCCCGGAUAUCCUGGAGGCAGCGGCCUCCCCGGCUUCCCUGGACCCAGAGGUGACAAGGGUCUGCCAGGCCUGCCCGGUCGUCAGGGUCUGCCUGGACUUCCUGGUUUUGCUGAGCAGAGUAAAGGACAGCCGGGACAGCCUGGGUACCCAGGGCAGCCUGGACUUCCGGGCUUUCCCGGACCGAAGGGAGAGGCUGGAAUCAUGGGAUUCCCCGGCAUGUCUGGAGCGAGGGGCGAUGACGGCGCACCUGGUUUCCCUGGUAAUCCUGGAGAAGCUGGUCGACCUGGUGGCAAAGGUGUACCUGGAGAUUCUUAUGGUUAUCCUGGAGCUCCAGGGAAUAAAGGCCUGCCGGGAGAUUCAGGCUACCCAGGUGGUCGUGGGAAUGAUGGCGCCCCCGGUGACAACGGCUUUUCAGGAAGUCCAGGUUUUCCCGGAGCAAAGGGAGCUCCUGGUGAACCAGGACGACCCGGGAUAACGGGCUCCCCUGGUUUCCCUGGGCCAAAGGGUCUGCAGGGCUUCCCAGGAAGAAGAGGAUCAGAUGGGUCUCCCGGUCUGCCUGGAGGUUCUGGAGGACCUGGCUCUAAGGGUUUGCCUGGAUCCCCUGGUUUAGAUGGACUCAAUGGCCUUGCUGGACCUAAAGGAAUCCCUGGAACUCCAGGAGCCAGUGGAGGAGGUCUCCCAGGUGCCCCUGGUAUUCCAGGGUUGAAGGGAGAGAGAGGCGUCUCCUACCCAGGAUCUCCAGGCUUCCCCGGAGGGAAGGGGGAGAGAGGAGAGUCAGGCGGUCCUGGACUCCCAGGGUUUCCUGGUCUGCCCGGACUUCCUGGUCAGAGUGUGGGGUCAGAUGUUCCUGGACCUGUGGGAGACCCUGGCCUCCCUGGACUGGAUGGAGAGUAUGGUUUCCAAGGUCCUCCAGGUCCACCGGGGCCUCCUGGUCCAGGCACAGCGCAGGGAGACCGAGGUGAUUCCGGGCUCCCGGGCUUCCCUGGCUCCCCCGGCAGGAAAGGUGAAGCAGGAAUCCCCGGAGGUCCCGGAGGCCCCGGCGUGCCCGGCGCCAAAGGAGCACGAGGUGAGACUGGCUUCAGCGGAGGUCCUGGUCUGAAGGGUUUCUCCGGUGACCCUGGUUUCUAUGGAAACAAAGGAGCCAAGGGAUUCCGAGGGUUGCCUGGUCGUAAGGGUUUCCCUGGAGUCACCCUGCCAGUACAACCAUCAGACUUCACACGACCCUUCGGAGACAUUGGUUUUCCCGGUGAAUUCGGAACCUCUGGUGCCCCUGGAGAAUCCGGUCAGCCUGGAACCCCCGGACGUCCGGGUCCUAAAGGUCGUCCUGGGUCUGUGGGCAAAUUGGGCAGGACUGGAGCUCCUGGUCUGCCUGGACCUGUCGGUGACCCCGGACCUCCUGGUUUCCCUGGACCCACCGGAGAACAAGGUCUUCCCGGUGCAGCCGGUCGUCCCGGCAUUCCCGGCGGUGUCGGCCGCAGUUACAGCAUCGGCUACACUCUGGUGAAGCACAGCCAGAACUCCCAGACUCCCAUGUGUCCUCAGGGCAUGGCCAAGCUGUGGGACGGAUACAGCCUGCUGUACGUGGAGGGGCAGGAGAAGGCACACAACCAGGACCUCGGUCAGCCAGGGUCAUGCCUCCCGAGGUUCAGCACCAUCCCCUUCCUCUACUGUUCCCCCAACGAGGUCUGCUACUACGCCAGCCGCAAUGACAAAUCCUACUGGCUCUCCACAACCGCACCCAUACCCAUGAUGCCUGUGGCCGAGGAGCAGAUACGACCUUAUAUCAGCAGGUGUUCAGUUUGUGAGGCUCCAUCUCAAGCUGUGGCAGUCCACAGUCAGGACACGAAUAUCCCCAACUGUCCACCCGGCUGGAGGAGUCUCUGGAUAGGAUACUCCUUCCUGAUGCACACGGCCGCCGGCGCAGAGGGUGGCGGUCAGUCCCUGGUGUCUCCGGGCUCCUGCCUGGAGGAUUUCCGUGCGACGCCGUUCAUCGAGUGCAACGGAGCCAAGGGCACCUGCCACUACUUUGCCAACAAGUACAGCUUCUGGCUCACCACCGUGGAUCUCAACCAGGAGUUCGUCUAUUCGCCGAACCAGGAGACCCUGAAGGGAGGCCAGGAGCGCUCCAAAGUCAGCCGCUGCCAAGUCUGCAGCAAGAUCUUGUAGUAGGAGGAGGUGGAGGGAGGAAAACAGCAGGAGGUGAUAUACUAACACUUCAAGGAAAAAAAAGUGGUGUUGAUGAUGGAUGAUUUAAAAAGAAAAUCUAUAAAACAAGAACAUGUGACUGACUGAAAAUGAGCCCCUCUCCUGCUUCACUGAUGGUUUCACUAUUGAGUCGAGCAACAUCGGCCCGUUUUCAGAGUGUUUUUUAUGUAUCCCCUAUAGGAAUGAAUUGCUUAUUAAAAGAAACAGAAGUGUUGGAGGGAGGAAAUGGAAAGAGAAGGGUUCCGGUGUGAGCGCUCUUCUCUAGAUUAUCACUGACAAUGGUGCUAUUGUUUAUGUCCUUUGUGUUUUUUAUUUUGUGUCUGUUUUUCUCAUUAACGGUUUUUGGCGAGAAUCAUUCUCGGCUACCUCGGAGAGUGCCACCCGCUUUGGAUAGCACUGCCCCGCAUACACUACACAUCAGGGCGGGCGUCUGCUUCAGAAAAGUAGGAUCAGAGGGUGAAGUCUAAUAUUGGUGUGACUGAAAGUUGAAUCUAAGGUCUUAAACAGAGCUUUUUUUGCUUUGUUUUCUGACCUGGUUUUACUGAAGUAGACAGUAACCUCACCUGAUCCUGGGUCAAACACACAUCAUACCAUACACACCAUAAACCUUUUCUUAUCUUGUAUUUACUGCCAACUACAACCAGUGUAACUGCAGUUAUUUUACAGAUUAUGUUGUGUUAAAAGCUGUCGCCACAGUUGUAUCCUCCGUACUGAUGGUUUUGCAUGUUUUGCAUGAAAAGCUCCAGUGUAUUGGCUGCCAUUCAUUUCACUAUGGGUAUGAAAAUCAAGCUGCAGAGUGACUAAUUGACUAAUUGACUAAAUGUCACUCAGUUGACAUUUAACACAUUUAAAAGUCAAUAGUGUAAAUCAGGUAAUCUUGUAACUGCAACUUUUUUAAGGCAAAAAAAUGUAAUUUUACAUUUUCUAGUUUUCAGAUUUGCUUAUUAUUUCUGAAGCAAAGACACGUUCAGGUGUCACCUAUAAAAUCUUAGAUACUGUAGCUUCCCAGUAGGAGAUUUUAGAUCAAGUCCUGUUUCUGACCUUAAUAUAACUGACAAAAACACAACUCAGUGUUCACUUUGAUGGAUUUUUAUUUCAAAAAGUUACAGUCCUCUACAAAUUGAUUUUUUGUUUACUCGAUGAGCGUGAAAGUUUUAUUUUGACAAAAUAACCUUAACUCAAGGUUUACUAACAUUUUCUGGAGCUCUAUAAGCAAAAAUGCUCAGCAACAAUAUAAUCUAUGGAUGAGUUAUGUGCACAAACAUGCAAAACUCCCAGUACAAUCCUUUAACUUUACUAUGCAUUUUUCACGUUUCACACGCCUGUGAUCUUCAUACGUUUUCACGAUGUGAUUCUCUGGUGCUACAAUACCCUGACAGUCGACUUGAAAGGCAACAUUUAUCAAUAAGUUAUCAUUUAUCUAAAUGCAAUAAAAAGCCAAACCUCAAAUUUGCCGGAAGAGAACCUCUGCAACAGCUCUGACUUGAUUGAGGCCACCCAUUCAUAUAUAUAUUGCACUGAUGUGAACUUAUAUGGGUCAGAACAAUGGUCAAGUCAAACAAAGGGGCAUAUCUCCACUUUCACAUGCUUUCACUGUUAUGUUGUGACCAAACUAGUGUUUUUUAAUCACCCUUUAUUCACAUUAAGUUUGCAACAGGAAAUAAAACACACACACACACUCUCUCUGAUAGAUUGUUAAUUAUUGCUGUACAUAGUGCUUACUGUUAUUUCCCAGCAAAGUAUGUUAGAGCAAAGGUCUAUAAUGCUGUUAGCUCCUUAUUUUAUUUUGAUUUUUUUCAGUCUCUGUGUCUUUUUACUGUCCUGGGAUAAAAAAAAAAAAGGAAGAAUCUACUCAUUUUCUUAUCUCUCUUCAAAACGGAUCAUUUUUUACAUUGACUUUGGUUUGCAUUUUAACUUUUAGUCUCACAUUUCUCCUCCUGUGACGUUAUCCUCGGACAGUGAAAGCUACUGGGUGACUUGUAACCACUAUGACCACUGUGUCUAGCACAUAGCUCUGUCUCUCUGCUGGUAGCCCUGAUUUUAUUCCUAUGUCACAUUUUAGUUCUUCUGUUUUAUUUUAUUUUCCUCUUUUUUGUCUGCAUUUGUUGUUUUGUAAUCUAGAUUGUAAUUAUUUUACUUAAGUCAUGAUACUAUCCCCUGGUUUUAUUUACUGAGAUGGGAGGGAAUGGGAAGAUAAUGAUGUGUAUAUUAAAUAUUAUGAAAAAAAAGCCUUUUAGGAUGUUUUUAUAUGGAAAGUAUAUUCACAGCUGAUGGUUUAACAGAUGUAAUGACAGUUUUUAUCAUCUGUUUUCCCAUGAAUCAAAACCAAGAGUUGAAGCAGCAUACUGUAAGUGCCUGGAGUGACAGAAAAGAAAAGCAGUUUUUCCUCAAAGAGGAUCUAUAACGAAAAGAAGAAAAAUGGUAAUAACAUGUCUGUUACUGUCAUGUGUAUUUCUGUGCCCACACACUUUGAAAUAAAGUCUCAAAACUAAUAGAGAAAUCCAGAAUUAUUAAGUCUCAGCUCCGUCUGGAGAAGGAAAGGAGGAUUUUCUUGUGGGAUUGAAGUGGCGAAGGUAAAGUCUGUGUUUUCAGGUGUUCUUAGACAUUGCAAAGAUAAUGUGUGAUAAAUUAAAGACGUUAACACCUUUAA